AUGAUCUCAGUCUCACCUACUGUGAAGGUCCUCCUAAUUGCCGGCCAUGUCUCACUCACGGGCUUGCUCUAUGGCUUGGACACUGGCUCGAUUGAUGUUAUAACCCAGAUGACCCAGUUCAACGCCUCCAUCGGCUAUCUCUCUUCCAUCCAACAAGGGGUUUACGUUGCCUCGAUCCUACUCUCGUCCUCUGUAUCCUCCUUGACAAGCGGCCGUGUCUCGGACCGCAUCUCCCGCAGAUACGGCAUCCUCAUUGGAAAUGUUAUAUCGCUCCUUGGAACCGUCAUAUCAGCUUGCUCACCCAACUUCGCCAGCCUCAUCGUCGCGAGCCUCGUGACUGGUGCUGGUAUGGGACAGGACAUCUCCGUAACCACAGUGUAUCUGGUGGAGAUUGCACCAGUUGCUAUCCGUGGAGUUGCCGCUUGUUUGCUGCAGACUUGUGUUGUUUUCGGAAUUAUGACGGGGUACUUUAUUGCGUUCGGGUCGUCGAAUAUCGCGGGGAAUUCCUGGUCGUGGAUAGUGCCGUUCAUCGUUCAGGCCGUGGUUGCAGCGGUUCUUUCUCUGGGAAUGGUCCUUGUCCCGUUCUCGCCAAGUUGGCUUGCACAAAUAGGGCGUAACAAUGAUGCGAAGAAGGUGCUUUUCAAAUUACGGCCUGUGGCGACGGUAGAAGCGGAGUUUGAAGAGAUAAGGCAGAGUCUGGAUCCGGAGAAGCAGCAACAAACGGCGAGUAUCAAAGAGAUUUUUAAGCGGAAGUAUAGAAGUAGGACCGUGCUAGGGAUCUUUCUCAAGUCAUUCCAGCAGUUGACCGGGAUUGACGUGGUGCUGUACUACGCACCAAUCCUCUUCCAGCAAGCCGGCUUCACGUCCCAGCGAGCCUCGUUCUUGUCCUCUGGGACGCCGUUGAUCAUCGGCGGAGCGGCAAUGGCAAUCUGCUUCAUUGUCAUCGGAUCACUUUACGCGCGAUUCGGCCGUACCGAAGGGAACAAAGUAGCCCUCGCCUCUGACUCUGCUCAAUGGGUUGUGAUUGUCCUGAUCUACUUCUUCGUCGCUAAUUUUUCUCGGUCUUGGGUGUGCUCCUUUGUUCCUACGCGCCUCGCCAAGCGGACCGUACUAUCUCUAUGGGUUCUCGACCGUUGCCGCAGUAAUACUCUGUGUUUGAUGCCCGAGACAAAAGGACAUAGUUUGGAGCAUAUUGAGCGCUUGUUCGAGAACGUCAACGAGCGUCAGCGCGGAAACCGCAAUGCGAGCGAGAACAGGCAGGGAAACAAAAAGACCGGAAGGCGGACUAAGAUUGAAGCAGAAGCUAUGGUGGUGUCGUUGCCGACAACGUUGGAGUCGGCAUAA